CACCAGGCCGACAGGGAGAGAGGCGGGCAGGAGGCUCGAGGCUGGACUAAGGCCUGGUUGUCCCGGGCAUCGCGAUCUCUCUCCCGAACUGCAAUGGCCAAUCGAGGCAACCGGUAUCAAAUACGGGAACGAAAGCGAUCGGGCCAACAUUUCUGAACGUUUACUAG